AUGGAAGAGGAUGAUUUUAGUUGGGACCAGUAUGCAUCCGCCGCUCUCGAGAUGCCACUUACGCCAGGAUUAUAUAUACUUAUCGCAUUUAUCAUCCGGGCUGGGAGUAUCAGCGCGUCGGAGGAUGCGGACACCGUAUCAGGAACAUCUAACUUUUCCACCACAGAAUCACUUAAAUUACAUAUGAGGUCCCAGCAGCCAUCGAGAGGUGGAUGCAGUUAUGUGAUAUUUUAUCCGCUUGACGGACCCAUAAAAUGUGCUUUAGACAUGAGUGAAAAUUACGUGUACGAUUUGACUGCGAAUUGCUUGAUUCAUCUUCAACAACAAAUCUGUAUGGAAUACGUGAAAGAGGCACCUCGAAAUAUUAGAAAUUUUUUUCUGGAUGAUGCGACACCAAUCGCAACAUCGUUUUCGGCGAGAAAUGAGGAACGAAUGUUAGCGAUAAAUUUUGUGGAGCGAAAUGAAACUGAAAGUGAUGCUUCACUAAUUUAUUCCAGAAAAUGUGAUCAGCGAAUUUUUCAAUCAGUUUGGCAACAGUUGAUUGGCCAUAUCGCAAUCAAGGCGACAGCCAAAUACCAGCAAAUGCUUUUCAAUCAGUUUGGCACUGCAACAGUUGAUUGGCCAUAUCGCAAUCAAGGCGACAGCCAAAUACCAGCAAAUGCUUUUCAAUCAAAUAUUUUGCUGUUUGCGAAUAGUUCGUCGGUUCAAAAUCUUGUUGACUACUGCGCCAAGCUUCAAGGAAAACUGAAAACUGUUCUAAAAAUUAAGGGAGAAUAUAUAAAAGCAGUGCGAUUCCUAUUUUUAAAGAGUCUCUCUCGAACGGCUGUCAAUAAUCAUUAUUCAGUAUUUGUUGGUGGAGUUCCACGAACGACAACAGCAAGUAAGUUGUUUAUUGGUUCACUGCGUGAUUUCUCGGUGGCCAAAGUCAAUCCCGACAGACAAUAUCCGAAAGGUGCAGCUCAAAUUGUAUUUGAAAAUCGGGAAGCUUAUGUUGGCGCGAUAAGAUUUAUCAGGAUAAAUACGAUUGAUCAAGAAAAAAAAGUUGUUCGAUUUAUUGGCUGA